AUGUACUCUCCUCAAGGCACAGACCGGAAUACUUCUACGAUUGACGUUUCAGAAGGUUUGAAACCCUUCGACCCUGUGCUUGCUGAAGAAAGAUCUGCUCCUGCUUUGGAAUUUCAGGCAAGUGGGAGUUGUAACUAUGACGAACAUUCUCUCGGAGAUAGUAUUUUGGAAUUGUCAACAGAAUUCAGUUCAGUGGCUGAAGACGAAAGCCAGAAGAAAAUCAAUCAUCUGAAGGCACUUCUCCAAGAAAAGAACCGUCAAAUCUUAGAACUUCAAAGGUUUAACUCAGAAAAAAAAGAAUUAGAGAGAGAGUACCAACAGAAAAUUGAAUUGUUAAACAAAACAUUAGUUGUUGAAGAUGUCUCACUGAAAGAGUCAGUCAUCAGGAUAACGAAGUCAAAAUGUGAAAGUGAAGAGGAGAAUCAAUUGUACAAUACCUCAAAAGAGAAACUCAAAUUUUGGAAGACAAAUGACAACUAUGACUCAGUAGACAAAAAUUAUUAUCUAAUGACUACCUUGUUUUUGCCUUUCUUGAAAAAUUCCAUUAGAAACAUCCAAAAUUGUAAAUUACUGACAAGGGAUGCUGAAAAUUUAUUAAAUAAACUGGAAAGCAUUCAAGUUGAAAACAAUAGUAAAAUUGACAAUUAUAAUGAAUUCGGUACACUCUUUAAUGAUUUUUUUCAUCUCUUAAGAUACCAAACAUCUCUUUUGAACGAAGAAUUAUUUAAAGACAAUGAUAUAAGAAAGAUUCAAGAACUUCUAGGCCCACUUUUUGCUCCAGAUAUUCUUGCAAGACUAUCUUCUUCCAAUUUUAGCCUGUUGCAAAAAGAGAUUAGAAAUCUCUUAUUCAAAUACAUCAAAACCAAUUCGAAUGUAGAGGAAGAACAAUCUCCCUCAACAUCACUUCCUCAGAACCUAUCGCAAAAUAACAAGCAUGGUCUUUACCAAGAAUGCGUUCCCAGGUUAGCAGCUAAGAAUUUUUUUAAAGCAAAGACCCAAUCUAGCCUGGAAGAUAAGGGUAGCAUUACACGUGAACCUCCAUUUUUGCAGUCACCCAGAAAAUCUGUUCAUGAAAUAGACAGUGAUUACAACGAUCCUUUUGAUGGAAUUUCAACAAGCUCCAAAGCAAAAGAAAAAAUCACACAUUAUUUGCACAAUAGACAUUAUGAAUUUACCCCUAUUGGUUACAAAACUUCAAAAUAUUACAGGACACCACGACGUUUUUUGGAUACUGCUGAAUUUUGCAAUAUAGUUUCUCCAGCAUCACCGAAAAAAAAUGAAAAGAGAAAGUUGUGCAAUAAAGUUGAAAGCGAAGAAUAUGAUGAUAACAACAACCUCCCUGAAUUUUUACUGCAAACAAACACCUAG